AUGAGACUCUUAUUUAUGUUCCAUUUAUUUUCAGAUUUUAAACAUCAUGCCUAUGAAAUUUCUGUUAAAGACCAGCCUCAUCCAACUGUAUUCUUUGCAAAAUCAGCAGAGGAUAAGGCGAAUUGGAUGGCAGUACUCACAGCUUUACAUUAUAGAAGUACCUUAGAACGAAUGCUAGAUACAAUUCUUACUGACGAGGAGAAAAAACAACCAUUACGGUUACCAAGUAAAGAACAAUAUAGGUUUGCUGAGGAAGACAGUGAAGACAAUAUAGUAUUUGAAGACUGUCAGACGUCCAAUGGUAUUCAAGUUAUCCGCGGUGGCUCGCUAUUGAAACUCAUAGAACGAUUGACUUAUCACACUUAUGCAAAUCCAUCCUUCGUAAGGACAUUCCUGACUACGUACAGAUCGUUUUGUAAGCCGCAAGAGUUAUUAGAGCUUCUCAUUGAGCGAUUUGAGAUUCCGGAUCCACCAAUGACUGAAGAGGAUGAAUCUGCUCUCAGACGCGGCGUUUCCUUGGUUAGGGAAGAUUUGAAGAAAUUCAGAAAAGAAUAUGCACAACCUGUUCAACUACGAGUUCUAAAUGUAUUCAGACAUUGGGUAGAUCAGCAUUUUUAUGACUUUGAAAGACAUCCAGAGUUACUUGAGAGAUUAAUGGAAUUUAUAGACAAUGUAAAAGGGAAAGCUAUGAGAAAAUGGGUUGAAUCUAUUAAAAAAAUAGUGCAGAGAAGGUCUUUAACCGGAAGCACUGAGCAGUUAGAAAUCACAUUUGACCAGACACCACCACAAACAGAACACUAUCUUGCAAAAUCAAGUGAUGAAUUUGACUUGAUGACGCUUCAUCCUGUAGAAAUUGCUCGUCAGUUAACGUUAUUAGAAUUUGAUUUAUUUCGAGCUGUGAAACCAUCUGAACUUGUUGGAUGUGUUUGGACAAAAAAAGAUAAAUAUAUCUUGUCACCGAAUUUACUUAAGAUGAUACAGCAAACAACAAACUUAACACUGUGGCUAGAAAAGUGUAUAGUUUGUGCAGAAAACAUUGAAGAAAGAGUUGCUGUAGUGUCUAGAAUUAUAGAGAUAUUAAUGGUGUUUCAAGAGUUGAAUAAUUUUAAUGGAGUAUUAGAGAUAGUUAGUGCUGUAAACUCAGCGCCUGUACAUAGGCUGGAGCAUACAUUUAUGGAGGUUAAUCCUAAAAAGACUUUGAGAUUGGCACUGGAUGAAGCCAAAGAGUUGAGUGAAGAUCAUUUAAAGAAAUAUCAAGAGAAAUUAAGGUCAAUUAAUCCACCAUGUGUUCCAUUCUUUGGAAUGUACCUGACAAAUAUUUUACACAUAGAAGAAGGAAAUCCAGAUUUUCUUCGAGAUGGUAUUAUUAAUUUUAGCAAAAGGAGAAAAGUUGCAGAGAUUACCGGUGAAAUACAGCAAUAUCAAAAUCAACCUUAUUGUCUCACUGUUGAAGUUGAAAUUAGGAAUUUCUUUGAGGCAUUGAGACCGAGGGAAGAUAUGUCUAUUGAGGAUUUUAACGAUUUCUUGUUUUAUAAGUCAUUGGCUAUUGAACCGAGGAAUUGUAAACAACCACCCAAAUUUCCUCGUAAAUCAGAAUUUCCACUGAGAUCUCCUGGAAUUAAAACUAGUCGUAACUUAUCUAUAUCUGGUCCCUCAAAAUCCCAUCCUGUGGCUUUAAGUAGUGAACCCAAAUCAUUCAAUUUCCAGAAAAUACAAGAAGAUGAGACGGUGACAUCGCCAAAGGCAGGAACCCCACCAGCACCUCCAACACCGACGUCACCUACAGCCACUUCGCCAUUUGCUGAAGUGUUUGCUCCUGUAAUGAUUGACACAUCUUCAGCAAGAGCAAGUGCUGCCAGUAGUAGUGUAACUGAUGAAGAGCUCAAACCCCCACCUGUACCACCCAGGAAGCCAAAAUCUUCCCAAAGUGAUGUGGCACCAACACCAACAUCUCCAUUGUUAUCGAACGUCCCACCAAUACCACCAAGAGACAACCUCAAUCGUCCGCCAGUUCCGCCGCGUGUUAACGUAAACGGUGCCAUGGUUACACCGCAGGUACCACCAAGAACCUAUAAACAACAUUAUAAGCAUCAACAUCACGCACCACCACCAUCGUAAUUAAGUUAAGGAAUUAAGGAA